AUGCCGUACCGUACAAGAAUCCAACCGAUCAUCGGCGAUGGGGUAGCAAAGGAGACACCUUUCCCACCAGCGAUGAGUCAGAUGCCGAAAUCGCGACUGAAACAGCUCUUUGAGCGACAGUUUAGCCUGAAAAACAUAUCAGUUGGAAAUCAAUCGCUCUCGAGAGACAAUGGAGAUGAGUUCGAACCAAGCUCUGUUUGUCUGAGAAAGUUGGUUCAGAACUACAUGGAGGAUCCCGACAGUGGAGAACAACGGUGUGGUGGCCGCAACAGCUGCAACAACUGUUUCAGCGGGAGUGGCACCGAUAGCUCCUCUGAAAAAGAAUAUUCCUCAUCUGGGGGAUUUCUUAGAAGCGUCAAGAAUCUGCUUCUUUGUGCUAACAUCUCCGAGGGAGAGAGGGACCUGGUGCAAAAGACGACUGAGAUCGUCGAGAAGAACAAUCACGAUUCAAAGUUGCAAACUCUGGUUGAUGAAUUGGUGGCUUUAGGCUACGAUGCAGCAAUAUGCAAAUCUCGUUGGAAGCAAUCGAGAAAGCUUGUUUGUCUUGCUGGAGAAUAUAAUUAUUUGGAUGUGAUGAUUGGAGGAGAAAGAGUGUUGAUCGACAUUGAUUUCAAGUCGAAAUUCCAGAUUGCUCGACCUACCAAGACCUAUAAGUCGAUAUCACAAACACUUCCUUACGUUUUUGUGGGACAAGUGGAUCGGCUAAAGAAGAUUGUGUUUGUUGUGUCUGAUGCUGCAAAGAAAAGCAUGAAGAAAAAAGGGCUUCCCGUGCCGCCAUGGAGGAGAGCAGAGUAUGUGUUAAACAAAUGGUUGGCUCCUUAUGUUCGUGCUAAACGAACCCAAGAAAAAACCGGCAAAAAUGUUUGUUUUGAAGAUUAG